CCGUGUUCAUGAUCCGUGUGCUGAAUGACUGUAUUUAAUAGAAGAUAUCUCUGUUUGUGAUUAGUAAGUAAAGUGAAGAGUGGUUAAAAUAGCUGGUGUGAUGGCUGAAGUUAUUCAGAAGAAAUUACAGUCUGAAGUGGAUAAAUAUCAACAGCUGCAAAAAGAUGUCAGCAAAAGUAUGUCAGCAAGACAGAAACUGGAGGCACAGUUGACUGAAAAUAAUAUUGUUAAGGAGGAGCUUGAUUUGUUGGAUAGCCAAAAUACAGUUUACAAAUUAAUUGGGCCAGUUCUUGUAAAACAGGAUCUAGAUGAAGCCAAAGCAACAGUGGGAAAGAGAUUGGAAUACAUUAAUGGUGAAAUUCAGCGCUAUGAAAAUUUACUGAAGGACAUGGAGAGGAAGUCUGAGCAGCAACGAGAAGUUCUAUCCAGCCUACAGCAGGAGUACCAGCGUGCUCAGGGUCACCCAGUUGGGAAGGUCUAAAUGGAUUAUAAAUAUAUACACAGACUGGGACACAAGUUUUAUCCAGCGAUACUCAGAGACUGAAUAUACCCUCUAAUAACACAUACUUCUUCACAUGUCCAUUAACAGAAUGCUGUAGGUUUUUGUUUGAUGCUAUUGGGUUAUCAAUAAAGUUUGUUUAUUUAUUUUCAGUCUCCAUCUGUU